AUAAGAUCAGCAGUAACUGAAGGUCUUCUACACAGAAAUAACGCCAUGGCAUAUGUAUUCAAGUGUCUUGCAGACGAUAACAACAGAUACUUGAAGUCAUUCCGGCUGUUCCUGGAGCGCUCAUCAGAACACCAAUGUAUGCUUGACUUCAUCCAUGGGGUACUGCCUGACAUACUGGCCAGCAUUGGAGGGGGGAGAUCCAGUCUCAACAUUUUGGGAGUUGGGAGUGGUGCAGGAGAGAUAGACCUGCAGAUGUUGUCUCAGCUGCAGUUGAAACACCCCGGGCUGAAGGUAGACAAUGAGGUGGUGGAGCCCAGUGAUGAGAUGCUGUACAACUACAAGGUGUUAGUGUCAAAGACUCCAAAUCUUGAGCAUGUUAACUUCAAGUGGAAUAAGAUGACUGCAUCUGAAUUCGAAAAUCACUGGCAGGAGAAAAACCUCACAAAAAAGAUGGACUUCAUCCACAUGAUUGAGAUGCUGUACUUUGUUGCCGAUCCUCAUGCCACUGUGUCAUUCUUCCGCAGUCUCUUAAAUGAUAAUGGGAAACUAAUCAUCAUACUCGCCAGUGAUAAAAGUGGGUGGGGAAAGCUGUGGAAGAUGUACAAGGCUGACCUGUGCAAAGGGGACACAAGCUAUUGUGUGACUACAGGGGACUUCAAGAGCUUUCUCGACGCCGACGGGAUCAAAUACAAAACCUACCUGCUCCCGUCUCAGAUGGACAUUACAGAGUGCUUCAGAGAGGGGGAUGAACGAGGAGAGCUCUUACUGGACUUUCUGACAGGGCUGGUGGACUUCACCAGAUCGGCGCCCCCGGACCUGAGGGCAGGAGUGAUGGACCUCCUCCGCCACCCCGACUGCAGUGCUGAGGCGGACGGGAAGAUUGUUUUUAACAACACACUGGAGGUUUUAGUUCUAGAUGCUUAAAUGGAGAGCAGGGUGCCAGCCACUCACAUGGCUUUAGGUUGCUCAAACAGGGAAUCUCUGGUGUGCCUUUAACGUGUUUUACUCUAUUAGGGUUUACUUAAUUUCCCAAAAACUGUGAUCGUUUAGUGUUCUUGUAAUAUGAAAAUAAGGACUAAUAAGUUUGAUACAUAAAAUCUUCAU